AUGUCUUCAAUCCAUAUAACUUCUUCUCUCCCAGACCCAGCUCCUAGCUAUAAUACUUUUCAUACUCGGCUAAAAUCCUGGUGGCCUGCCUCUAGUCACUUAUAUUCUCGGAUCUCACAAGACCCAGAUCCUCUAUCACCGCAAUCGGAGAGAUACCCUGACAUAAUGUCCACGUCGCGGCUCAAAGCCCGAUGGCGCGCCUAUUGGUUCGCGCUCGUACUAUGCUGCGGCGGAGCUCUUUUUGGCUACGACUCCGGUGUAAUAGGUGGCGUUCUCACGUUUCCAUCUUUCGAAAACUCUUUCAGCAUAACGCCAUCUCAAAAGACAAGCAUUAGUGCGAUCGCCGUUGGCAUCCAGCAAGCAGGCGCCUUUGCCGGCUGUUUCAUGAUCUGGCCAUUAACUAAUAUAUACGGGCGGCGUGCCGCAAUGGCUAUCUGUAGCCUGGUCUUUUGCAUCGGCGUGAUUCUUGAAACAGUCGACACCCACUCCCUCGCGGCGUUUUACGUCGGUCGCAUAAUCUGCGGGCUGGGAGUUGGAGGCUCGGCGACCAUUAUCCCAAUCUACAUGUCGGAGAUGGCUCCGAAAGAGAUCCGUGGACAGCUGGGAAGCUGUUAUCAGCUCACAUACACGGUUGGAAUCCUGGUUUCUUACUGGAUUGACUACGGCGUCAAAAGCAUGGAGCCGAGUGCGCGGCAGUGGCAGUUGCCAAUCGGAUUGCAGCUUGUGCCUGGUGCGCUGAUGGGGAUCGGUAUGGUAAGUGUCUGCGAGAGUGUGCGAUGGCUCUUGGCGAAGGGGCGGGAAGAGGAAGCAUGGGCAAGUCUUGUUUGGAUACGUGCCGGAGAAGGGGAAGAUGUGAGUCAGGAAUUCGAGGACAUGAAGCGUGGGCUGGAAGAAGAGCGACACGCGACUGCUGGGUUUCGAAUGCGCGAACUUUGCGAAGGACCGAACUUGCAUCGGCUGCUUAUUGCCGGUGGACUGUUUCUGGCGCAGCAGUCGACUGGAUCGACGGCAUUGGCAUACUUUGGACCUCAGUUCUUUGCAUUGCUGGUCGGCGAUGGUGAUCGAACAUUGCUGCUCACUGGAAUCUUUGGCGCUAUCAAAGUCGUUGCAUGUCUUAUCUUUGUGAUCUUUUUGUCUGAUCGAUUCGGCAGACGACCACUUCUUGCUGGUGGCGCAGCUUUCAUGGCUAUAUGCAUGAUUGCCACCGCUGGUGUGAUCAAGACGUACCCCCAGCCAGGCGAUGGGACAGUUACAUCGUCCGGAAUCGCAACUGUGGCGUUGAUAUAUCUCGAUAUCAUCGCUUACAACUUCAGCUGGGGUCCAUUGCCGUGGCCUUGCACGAGUGAGAUCUUUCCAACACGGAUCCGCGAGCCUGGAGUCGCUUUUGGUGUUGGAUCACAGUGGUUGUUCAAUUUCGUUUGGAGUUUCUCAACGCCAUAUAUCCAAGCCGGUCUGGGAUGGGGUACAUUUUUACUAUUUGGGCUGCUCGAUGUGGUCAUUGUUGGCUUCACAUACUUCUGUUUGAAAGAGACCGCCGGCAAGACUCUUGAGGAGAUCAAUGGGUUGUUCGAGGGGAUUGACCCUGACUCUGAGCAUGGGAAACCUGCGGACUUGGAUAACGAUGAGAUGCAAUCUGGUGACUAUCCGGAUUUGCAACCCCGUGAUACCAAAUCUGGCCAGACUAAGCAUAAAACUACGCACGUUGAGUCGGCCUCUAGAAGGUCUUAG